AUGGCAGUGCGCGUAGGUGACGCUAGUAGCAAAACGCUCAUGCAAGAGCCUAUCGCUCGGUCGAGAGCUUGCAACAGCAAGAUAGAGGCCUUACAGAGUGGUAGUUCAGGACUAGUACAAUGUGCUCAAUCGUUAAGCGUGGGUGUCAGUAACACGAGUGGAGAUGGAAACAGUAACAAUAGCGGCAAUAGUAGUGGAAAUAGCGACAGAAGAAGAAGGACUGGUCUUAGCACUGUUAUGCAGCGGCCAGUUAUAAACCAAGAACUGGUAAUGGAGGUAGAAGCUAGGAUGAAUAGAGCUUAUCUACCGCCACGGCUGUUACCAACUCACCUUAGAGGACCACUUCCACACCACAGGAAAUCUUCAUUAUAUCAUACUAGUACUGGAUGUCGCAGAAUUCGAGACCAUAAUUUUAUGAAGAGAUUUGUUAAGAGAAUUAAUUUUUCCUCGGCAAAAAUGUUAAAGCAUGUAUAA